UGCGGGCAAAUACUAGGUCUUGCCAUGACUUAGAGCAGCAUCUGAGCUUACUUUUACAUAUCGACUCAAUCUAAAGCAUGACUUCGUUGAAAGGCAGAAAUGUUACCUCUCGAUCGACCAGAAACGGCUCGUUCUUCAUUUGAUCGAAUGGCGAAUGUGGUCCUCGACCCAUCGAGACCCUAUCUUGACCUACUGCCCGAAGCUUCUCAAGAUGCACGUCAAGAGAGUUUGAACUGGAAUAUGAUGCCUGGCGGUCCAGAAGACGAAGUAUAUGUAUGCGGAACGCGUAGCGAAGCACAAAAGAAACUGGCUUUCCAGUUUUUGAGAGAUCAUAAAAAGGAUCUUCCGCACGAUCACCGGAUUAUCAUAGGAGGACCAUUCCGUGUUCAAUUUGGUAGGGUGAACGUCAAAAAUGGGUGGAUGGUCGCUCUCCCUCUCAAAGGCGGGGGUACGGUUGAGAAAGGCCCGGUGACUCGCGAGUCACCGGGGGGCAGGUCUAAUCCAAUCUCAUGGGAGUCAUACAAACCUAUCACGAUACCCGAAGGCGAUUCAUUGAUGUUGUCAACGAAGGGCGAGAUACUAUUUGUUAUGGUACAGUUCUUAGAGCGUUGAUUUAUGUCUCAUAGGUCAGAAUCCUCGUCCGGAUAAUCUAGAAAAUCAUCGAACACGACUUCCUCCAAAUUGGCAGCU